CCGGAAUCUUCCUCGACUGGAUAGCUCUCGCAUGCCGCUCACAAAUAAUCUCAACCGCAAUGGCCGAAAAACAGCAACCAGUGCCGUCGUACCGGCCAGGCGUACAGCUCGCUAUUGAGAGGCAUACCCCCCCGGACCCGUUUGGGAGGGGCUACAAGAACGCGGAAUGCAUCCGAAAGCCGAUUCGAGGUCUUGAAAAUGACCAGGUUGACCGCACGGCGUUUGCCAUCUCGCAUCCUCCACUCGAGACGGAGCCCCCUCACCUUGAACAAGCCGAGUCCCACGUGCUCACAAUCAUCGAGGACCUGGGCAAACGACGGCGGCUCAAGCGUGGUGGUCCGCGUGUGCUGCGCUGCUAUAUGGACUCUGACCAGUCGGUCCACUAUGUAGCCAAGAUUUACGACGGUGUCUACUAUCCUCUCUCCGACUUUCAGGGCUUUGACUGCAUGUAUCUUGCAGACAAAGACUAUAGCUGCGAAGCUGCCGCCUAUGAAGACAUCCCAUCCAAGCUUCAGGGAACUGCAGUCCCUGAGUACUUCGGCUCGUGGACUUUCUCCCUAGAAUGCAGUCCAUCAUCCAACACUCCUUUCCGUCCAGUGCGCAUGAUCCUCCUCGAAUUCAUCAAUGGCAAAACCCUGUACGACACUGUCCUCCACGCAGGUGCCUGGCCUAAUGGGGACGGCUCGAUUGACCUGUCUGAAGUCGACUACCAGCUGCUUCCUCCAGAGCCAGAGCGUCUCAACGUACUAGCGACCGUGAUUGAGACUGAAGUCGCGCUGUUCCACGCCGGGGUAGUGCACAAGUACACAAGCCUGAGGGACGUGCUAGUCUCGCGCUUGUCGCCAAGCCAUGUCGUCCUCUUUGACUUCUGCACUGCGAUUGUGUAUAGGCGUUGCGAAUGGGGUCGCAGACGUCUGGAGCUCUGGGGCCAAGAUCCCAAACCUGUCUCGCCUGUUCAGCACUAUUGGGGCAGCUGGAUUUCGGAUACAUUUGGCGGGUGGGUGCCGCAGAGCUGGCUUCAUGAUUGUCACCAGGAAGGGGAACUCGAGUGGUUGUGCUUGCGAUGGAUCGGGUCUGAUAAGUACCAGCCGCUGCCCAGAGAGUUCUUGGAUGAGAAACGUGACCAUCCUCUUGUUCAGAGCUAUAUCGAGCAGGCGGCGGAGGAGGAGGAGGAGGAAGAGAGGGCGGCACACUAA